UCUCGCGAGGAUAUGAACACCGGAGGAUGCCGCUUACCCUUUGACCCUUCCCUCGAGCAUGCACGUCCCACAGGGCCGCUUGACUUUCUCGAAAAGAGCUGUUUUCCUAGAAUCCAGAGGUUAGUGAACGUGUCUGUCAAGGGCCGGAGAGCGGACAGUUGGGGCUCUGUGGGCCUGCGUGGCAGUGGCUGGGUCGUGUGUCUGAGGCAUGAGGGAGCUGUUGGUGGCCAAGAGAGCUGUGUUCACGGGCACCGAGGUGUGUCCAUAAGAGUCACACACAGGGAGAGGUCUUCCAUCUGCUGGUUCACUCCGCAAAUGACUGCUAUGCUUGGGCUUUUGAGACCAGAAGGCCAGAACUCCAUCCAGGCUUCCGUCAUGGGUAGUAGAAACUCAAACACUUUGGCCGUCAUCUGCUGCCCUCCGUGUGCGUUAGUGGGAAGCUGGAUUAGAAGCUGAGUAGCCAGGACUCCACCUGACGCUGCUACAGGAUGCAGUUCCCAUGGGAACCUAGAGAAGGACUUCUGUUUCCCCCACCCCAUGGGUUUCAGUAAAGGAAAAUGGACCAGGAGCUGCUGCAAAAUCUUCCCUUCUUCAGGACCCUGUGGGUACUGACAUACAAUUCACCCAUGCCUAUUUCCUGUAAUGGACAAACUUGAUGCUAAUGUGAGUUCCAAGGAGGGUUUCGGAUCAGUGGAGAAGGUUGUGCUGCUCACAUUUCUCUCAGCUGUUAUCCUGAUGGCCAUCCUGGGAAAUCUGCUGGUGAUGGUGGCUGUGUGCAGGGACAGACAGCUCAGGAAGAUAAAAACCAAUUAUUUCAUUGUAUCUCUUGCCUUUGCGGAUCUGCUGGUUUCAGUGCUGGUGAUGCCCUUUGGUGCCAUUGAGCUGGUUCAAGACAUCUGGAUUUAUGGGGAAAUGUUCUGUCUGGUCCGGACAUCCUUAGAUGUCCUGCUCACAACAGCAUCGAUUUUUCAUCUGUGCUGCAUUUCUCUGGAUAGGUAUUAUGCCAUCUGCUGCCAGCCUUUGGUCUAUAGGAACAAGAUGACCCCUCUGCGCAUUGCAUUGAUGUUGGGAGGCUGCUGGGUCAUCCCCAUGUUUAUCUCUUUUCUCCCUAUAAUGCAAGGCUGGAAUAACAUUGGCAUAAUUGAUUUGAUAGAAAAAAGAAAAUUCAGCCAGAAUUCUAACUCUACAUACUGUGUCUUCAUGGUCAACAAGCCCUACGCUAUCACCUGCUCUGUGGUGGCCUUCUACAUCCCAUUUCUGCUCAUGGUGCUGGCCUAUUAUCGCAUCUAUGUCACAGCUAAGGAGCAUGCCCACCAGAUCCAGAUGUUAGAACGAGCAGGAGCUCCUGCAGAGGGCAGGCCCCAGCCAGCAGACCAGCAUAGCACUCAUCGCAUGAGGACAGAGACCAAAGCAGCCAAGACUCUCUGCAUCAUCAUGGGCUGUUUCUGCUUCUGCUGGGCUCCAUUCUUUGUCACCAACAUUGUGGAUCCUUUUGUAGACUACACUGUCCCAGAGAAGGUAUGGACCGCCUUCCUCUGGCUUGGCUAUAUUAAUUCCGGAUUGAACCCCUUUCUCUACGCCUUCUUGAAUAAGUCUUUUAGACGUGCCUUCCUCAUUAUCCUUUGCUGUGAUGAUGAGCGCUAUCGAAGACCUUCCAUUCUGGGCCAGACAGUGCCCUGUUCAACCACAACUAUUAAUGGAUCAACACAUGUCCUAAGAACAGAAUUGUUGAAAGCUCAUACUGCAUGAACACAUCACUCUCUGCUGCCUCCUAGGUGCAGGAGGGCAGGCUCCAGCAGUGCUGGAAGUAAGAAAACCAUGUUUGACUUCAAGUUCAAAGACCUGGAUUCUAACUGUAGGUCUGCCUUUAAUCUGCUGUGAGAUCCUGAGAAAUGUGCCUCCUCAUUUCUGAACCUGACUUUACAACUGUCAACUGAAGUUUGGACUAGAGGACUCUAAGAUUCUUAAUGUUUCCAGGACAACAGGAUGCUGCUACAGCCAUCUGCUACCUCAAAAGCCUUUUGGCUUCAAAGGAACUGCCUCCCUCGUGUGGGCUUCUGAACCCCUGACCAUGUCAGCUUUACUUUUCAGACUAACUUGGAUGUCUUUUACUUGUAGCAGAGCUCAUAGCUCUUGACAGUUGCCUCAGUGCAAAGGUGCUGGGGCGGUAAAUGCACUUCCAGGGCUGUGUGAUGUCUUAGCUCUGAUCUUGGCUGUGGUCUAAGAGCACCUCAGGACUGUUAAGCGAAAUUUUUCUUUCAUUGCCUCUGAAUAAGUGUUGUCAGUUCCAUUUCGGUUUACUUUUAUUCUGGAAUCCAACACAACAGGGAAGAGACUUUGGAAUGAGGAAGAAAAGAUUGCCCAAACCAUUCAAAUGUAAAAAAAAAAAAUAGUAAUUCUGUGUGCUGUGAAGACUUAUUUUUUUCCAGGAGAGUCACGCCUAAGGACAGGGAAACAAGCCCUGGAAGAGAAACACUAAUCUGAACUCCUGGACACUAAUGAGAAAUACUUCUGCAGGCAGAAAUGGUACUGGUUCAGACGGACUCUCCCUGAUUGGUGGUGUAGAUUCAGUUGGGGAUUUGUGUUCUUGGCCAGUAUGGAGAAAGUUUAUUGAGAUUCUAACUCACUCUGUGAUUGUACCAGUCUUUUUUGGUUUUCAAGUCAAGGUUCCCCUGCCGUCAGCAGCCACCCUUAGGAAGAAAUGACCGUGAGUAGGAGGGUACUUUUGCAAUUCAAACAAGAGAAGAGCAAGCUUCUGAGAC